CUUCAUUCUUCAAAUAUUUCAUCUCUUCCACAUAAACUUAGAUCUCUGUUUGAAGAAUUUGGUGAAAAUUAUGGGAUCUGCAGAAAGAUCAAAAAAGAGAGUUCAAUUAUGGAAGAAUGCUAUAGUUCAUUUCUGUUUAUGUUUUGUUAUGGGAUUUUUCACAGGCUUUGCUCCUACUUCUAAAUCUUCACCAUUUUCAACUUACAUUUCUUUACUAAACAAAUCACAUUCUUCUCCAAACCCUAAUUACUUUGCAGUCACGCCACAGACUAAUAUGAAUACAUCCCAAACCCUAAUUUCAGCCUCUCAAAACCCUAGAGAAGAAGAAACAAAACCCAAUAACUUGGCAUCAAGAAGACAAAUAAUUAUUAUCACACCCAUUAGUAAUAAAUAUCCUUAUGAAGAGGUGUUAUUGAGGAGAUUAGGUAAUACUAUAAAGCUGGUAUCUACUCCAUUGUUAUGGAUUGUUGUGGAAGGGCAAAGAGAGAACAAUAAAGUAUCUGAAAUUCUUAGGAAAACUGGGAUUAUGUAUAGGCAUUUGGUGUCAAAGCAGAAUUUGAGUGAUUUAGAAGAUGAAUUAGAUGAUUUAAGAAAUGUUGGUCUUACACAUAUUGAGCAACAUAGACUUAGUGGGAUUGUUCAUUUUGCUAGCCUUUCAAAUGUUUAUGAUCUUGCCUUCUUUGAUGAGCUUAGAGAAAUUGAGGGUAUUGGGACAUGGGCAAUGGCAUCGGUAACACCAAACAAGAAAAAUGUGAUAAUUGAAGGAGCAGUAUGUGAUUCCUCACAAAUUAUUAGAUGGCAUAUGAAGAAGAUGAGCAACAAUAAUGAAAGUGAUGCAACAAUUCAAAUCUCUAGUUUUGCUUUCAAUUCUUCUAUUCUUUGGGAUCCUGAGAUAUGGGGCCGUCCUUCGUCCAUUCCACUAACUACACAGAACUCUAUUAAAUUUGUGAAACAAGUGGCACUUGAAGAUGAGAUAAAGUUGAAAGGAACUCCACCAAAAAAAUGCUCUAAAAUAAUGCUAUGGCAUUUGCAAUUAAAAUCUGAUAAUUCUAUAACCAUUGCAUCUAAUGAAAAUAGAGAUGAAGGAGAUAAAUCAACAAAAUAAAAAAAAAUUAUAGAGAUUUAGCGGAUUCUCCAUCUUGUGUUUGUAUAAAUUUAUAAUUUGUUGUGUCGGCACCCAAAGUUGCCAAACCGAUGUUUCCUAAACAUUGUUCCGCAUAAGCUAUUCUUCUACUGAAAUGGAACUUGUGAGCUCCUAGACUUGUAUGAACCUGAGGUUGCUCUGCAUGUAAGAUAAAUUAGCAUGAAGGGAUAUAGGUAGAAUGUAUUAAGCAAAAUGCAAAAGAUUUAACUACUCUACUUUAUUCAUCAGAUUAUAACUACAAUGUAAAUUUUAGAAUCAAUCUAUUUUAAAGUUUUUAAA